GUCCAGGAAAACUUCGCUCUAAAGCUUUCUUUUCAGCCAUGCUAAACCGGCGAUAAACCCUCGGUGGUCGCAACUCAAGGAACAACAUAGAAGCUCGAGGACAACCACAGCAAGGCCUUCAAUUAAAAAUUACAUCGUCGCUUUGAGAUGAAGUUGGACAACAGUGUUCUGGCUGUCUUGGCAUCGAUUAUGUCGCUGAUGGCAAACGUUGAAUGCACUUUCGACACGCAUCAGUGGGUGUACCUGGAAAACGUGGCCGCGAUGUAUAUCAAGAAAAUGAAUGAGACAUACAAAGGCCGAGUGGGUUUCUGGGGUCUGACAAAAAGUUUUGUAUACUGGAAACAUCCCUAUCAUGACCACAAACGUCCUGUAGAAGGAACAGUGGACUGGACCGAAUAUUCGAAAUGCAAAGGAAAGCACAAUUUGAGAGAAACGGAAACCGACUGCACGGGGCUUUUCACGUGGAAGAUUCAUAAGGGCAUAAGUUGCCCAUUUCCUUUGUCCACAACAGCUUUACUUCCAGAAAAGUACAAAGGACUAAGCUUGAGGCUGUUUUCAUUUAAUGUCAGUGGGCUUACAAAAGUGUCCGACCAGGAGAGGUGGGGCAAGCCGACCUAUAGGCCUCAUCGAACUUUUUAUGAGAUAUGCAAGUUCCGUGUGAAAGUUGAAUUUUCUGGCUAUUUCGUCUACAUGCUGUUGAACCCUAAUGAAGGAAAUUUUAAGUGGGUUCUCGUUGAUAUCACCAGUCUUGCAGGCAGCGCCAGAGGCCUUAGAAAAGAAGGCUCGAAGUUGACAUACAUGGCGCGAGGCCAAUAUAUCGAGCAGAUAUUUUGCAAUGAACGAAAUAAAAAAGGGCCGUAAAAGUCAACAAAAGCGAAUUUGGAAUGUUAUACAGGCACACACAGAAGGCGCUGUACCGUUAGUAGCGCUGACACUUCAUAUUACGGAAAAUACCAUAUAAUAAAUCUUUACAUCCACAAACA